AUGCCAUCUAGGCCGCCAAAUUCGGCAGCCGCGUCGCCCGAGCCCGAUGCCACUACAAGGAAACGUCAGCGUACCGCUCUAGCCUGCGAUGAGUGCCGCGAGCGGAAGCGCAAGUGCGACGGCAAGAAGCCCAUCUGUGGAUCCUGCGCGAGGCGGUCGUCACAGCGCUGUGUCUGGAACGAUGACCGGCCCAACAGGGCUUGGAGUAAUAGUUACGUUCAAGGGUUGCAAUCUCGCAUUAGAGAGUUGGAGGAGGCGCAGGCGCCAGCCAACAACAGUACCAUCCACGUUGAUGCCGCGUCUGCGUCUUCACGCGGCACAGACCGAGAAUACUCCCGCAGUGCUGCAUCCCCUACGCAUAUGGCAGAGUCUCAUCGUCUUGAUCUUGUUUCUCCCCCGCCUCUUCUCCCACAGCCUACUGCUAUCCCCGAAGUGGCUGCUGAGGACAACAGAAAUAACAGUCUGGAUACUCUGGGCUCGGAUAGCGGCGAGACUAGCGUGGACGGCAUGGGAGUCUUCGGCUCCAUUAAUGCGAUAAGCGGCGCUCGAAGGCGGCGGCAGUCGGACUACUUCGGCCCGUCGAGCACGAUGAGUCUUCUGGGCAAGGCGCGCAAUGUUCUAGGCCGGCGGUGCGGCGGACACGGACCGCUGGGGUCGGAGACCUGUCCAGUCUGCCAGGACCAAGCCGUCUCGGUAGAGAGUAGCAUAUCGCAAGCAUCGCCCGUGCGAGUCCCGGAGCCCCAGAGCGGUAACGUCAUGUUUGGCUGGAGCGUCCCGCCGCGAGCAGAGGCAGACAGUCUGGUGGAGAGUUACUGGGCCUUCUUCCACUCGCUGUAUCCCUUCUUGCACCGGCCGUCCUUCAUCCAUCGCUAUCUUGCCAUCUGGAACCCCCAGACGGCCGACACACACGCGCACACGCAAGACGCAGACUCGCUGCCACAACCGUUGGCGGCAGUGAACUAUUACGAUGGCCUCGGCGACCAUUCCUUCCACCGCCUGCUGAACGUCGUGUUUGCCCUAGGCGCCCUCUUCAACCCGGACAUCGACGAGCGGGACCGCGACGGCAUCAGUGGCUUGUUUUUCACGCGGGCUAAGAAGUUGCUCGACCUGGACCUUCUGGCCCAGGGUAGUAUACCCCUAGUGCAGACCCUCCUUCUCAUGGGCCAGUAUCUCCAAAGCACUGACAUGUCCAGCUCGUGCUGGAACAUUGUGGGCAUGGCAAUACGGGUCGCGCAGUGCAUCGGCCUACAUCAUGAGCCAAGCGGGAGCGAGCAGGGGAGCGAUCCGAGACGGAAAUAUGGCCAGGUGGACACAGAGAUGCGCCGAAGGACCUGGGCCGGUUGUGUUCUUCUCGACCGCGUCCUAUCGCUAACCUACGGGCGCCCGUUGAUGAUCCACCCUACCACGACGCAGAAACGGCUUAUUCUCCCUUCUGCCACCGAAGACCAGUACCUUACCGGCCUCCCAGAUCCUCCGGGGUUUCAGCCCGAAGGCGUGCCGAGCACCAUGGAUUGCUUUGUGCAGGCCAUUAAGCUGCAAGACAUCCUCGGCCAGGUGCUGGUCUCAUUCUACUACGCCGAGCCGGAUCACAGAGACCGAGACACCGCCGUGUUGGAUUUCGGGCUCAACUACAUGACCUCCUCGGUUAUGGGGACCGCGGACGGCAUGAAGAAUUGCGAUUUCCAGAUGCUCCUCGACGUCGAUGGUCUGCUCACAGCGUGGCACGAGAAGCUGCCGCCGCACCUGAAGGUCCAGACGUAUCGAAACGGGGGAGUAUUGCCGUCUGGUCCGGUUGAUCCGGCUCGGGCGUUGCUAUUCCACAGACAGGCCGUGGUGUUAGAAGUAAGAUACCUACAUGUGCGACUCACCAUGCUCCGGCCAGUAUUGUCGGUGCUCUGUGAUAUAACCCGCCGGUCUAGUGGCAGCGGUGCCGCAACCGACCAAGGCUCGAUCGAGUCUAAUAUGCGUCAGGGGAUGCUCCUCAAGGCGGCGAAGUUGUGCCUAUCGGUAGCGCAGCAACUAGUCGACCUCAUAACUGAGAACGCACCUUCAGGUCUUUCUCCCGCACCGUGGUACAAUGUAUUUUACAUCCACAGCUCGGCCAUGGUGUUUCUCCUCGGCUAUCUCUGCUCACCGAAACAGACCAACAUCAUGGACGAAGCAUCCCUAGUUGCUGCGUUUGACCGCUGUCUCGCCUUCCUCAGUGGCUACGAAUCACAGAGCCGCUCAGCCAAGAAGUGCAGCAAAAUCCUAGAACUGGUGAAGCAGGAAGUUUUCACUGAUCGAGGAGGUAAACCUAUCCACUCACACAAGAUAAUAUAUUACCACCGUCCUUCCCUUUAUUCCAUCUACCUCACCCACCCCAGCAUCAUCAUCCACAGAGUACACUGUCAUGUCUAA